GCAGAGAGAGGGAGAGAGAGUGAAAGAGCGAAAGCGAGAGGGAGGGGAGGAAGACAGCUAGGGUUGAGGACUGGGUGAGUGUGUGGGAGUGCUGCACCAGAGAGCGAGAGAACGAGAGGACGUUGGCGGGAUUCAAAAGAGAAAGAGAAAGGCAAAGAGAAAGUGUGCAUACGGACAUAGUCGAAAGCGCGAGGAUUGUGGGUGUGUGUGUGUGAAUGUGUGCAGCGCAGUGCACGUGCAUGUGUUGAGUUACAGUGAUGUUAGAGCACUCGUCUGAACGAGGCUUUGUGCCUAGUGUGUGUGUGGAUGGCAUGCGCUACUCCUCUACCACCAACAACCCUGUCACCAUGAGGACCAGCGAGGAGCUGCUGCUGAGUAACGGCACAGCUGGAAAGAUGAACGGAGCUCUGGAGCAUUCGGAUCAGCCUGAUCCAGACGCAAUUAAGAUGUUUGUGGGACAGAUCCCUCGCUCCUGGUCUGAGAAGGAGCUGAAGGAGCUUUUCGAACCAUACGGGGCUGUCUAUCAGAUUAACAUCCUGAGAGACCGCAGUCAAAACCCACCACAGAGCAAAGGAUGCUGUUUUGUCACGUUCUACACACGGAAAGCUGCUCUUGAGGCCCAGAACGCCCUGCACAACAUCAAAACCUUAACCGGGAUGCACCAUCCCAUUCAGAUGAAGCCUGCAGACAGUGAGAAGUCAAAUGCGGUGGAGGACAGGAAGUUGUUUAUCGGCAUGGUGUCAAAGAAGUGUAAUGAGAAUGAUAUCCGGGUCAUGUUCUCUUCCUUCGGUCAGAUUGAAGAGUGUCGCAUCCUGAGAGGGCCGGAUGGACUGAGCCGAGGAUGUGCGUUUGUCACGUUUUCUACCAGGGCUAUGGCACAGAAUGCAAUCAAAGCCAUGCAUCAGUCUCAGACCAUGGAGGGAUGUUCCUCCCCCAUGGUGGUGAAGUUCGCCGACACUCAGAAGGAUAAGGAGCAGCGGCGGCUGCAGCAGCAGUUAGCUCAGCAGAUGCAGCAGCUGAACAGCGCCUCCGCCUGGGGCAGUCUGACCGGCCUGACCGGCCUCACCCCGCAGUACCUGGCAGUAAGAGGCCACACCCACUCGGCCACGCCCAUCAGCACCACAUUGCUACAGCAGGCAACCUCGUCCAGUAACCUAGGAGCGUUCAGUGGGAUCCAGCAGAUGGCAGGUAUGAACGCUCUGCAGUUACAGAAUCUGGCCACUCUAGCAGCGGCCGCCGCGGCAGCUCAGAGCUCGGCCAGCCCGUCCACCGCUAGUGCCCUGACCUCCAGCACAGGCUCCCUGGGAGCCCUGGCCAGCCCAGCAGCAGGCUCCACAGCUAACUCGAGUGCCGGAGCGAUGGGUUCUCUCGGUUCUUUGGGAACCCUGCAAGGCCUCGCCGGGGCCACCGUCGGCCUCAACAACAUUAAUGCACUAGCAGGUAGCGUCAACAUUGCUCACAUGCUCUCAGGUGUGGCUGCCCUGAACGGCGGCGGCUCGGCCGGCCCCAUGGAUGCCCUCACUCAGGCUUACUCAGGAAUCCAGCAGUACGCCGCCGCCGCCCUGCCCACACUCUACAGCCAGAGCUUACUGCAGCAGCAGAGCGCCGCUGGGAGCCAGAAAGAGGGACCAGAAGGGGCAAACCUUUUUAUCUAUCACCUGCCGCAGGAGUUCGGGGACCAGGACAUUCUGCAGAUGUUCAUGCCUUUUGGAAAUGUAGUGUCGGCCAAAGUGUUCAUUGACAAACAGACCAAUCUGAGCAAGUGCUUUGGUUUCGUCAGUUAUGACAAUCCCGUGUCGGCACAAGCAGCCAUUCAGGCGAUGAACGGGUUUCAGAUUGGAAUGAAGCGCCUGAAGGUGCAGCUGAAGCGCUCGAAGAAUGACAGCAAGCCCUACUGAUCUAAUUGCUAGGGCCACUCCUCUCUGUCCCUACACUGCUAGGAAACUCAUCUCCAUGACUCUUUGCUCAUCGUUUGCCUAGCAUGUCUACGUGGCGUUCAAAAAAAAAAAAAAAGUCUCAUCGUCUCGUCAUUGUCUCCGAUGUCUUUCUGAGUUCUCCUGAUCAUAAUCUGGUCUCCUCCUACUGAUCUCUCCUCAACUUUAAUCUUAGCUUGGUCUUUAUUGGGUAUUUUUUUUCUUUUGCAUGUGACCUUAUUUGGAGCCUUUAACUGUUUUUUGGACCUUUUUUUGUUUGUGUUCUUUCUCUUUUUUUAUUUUAACGUUUGGGGGAGGGAUGGGGGAAAGAAGGAAGGAAAAAAAACUCAUAACAAAUGUGAAAAAGCGAAAGCGCUAAAGCUGCGUUCACACUCGCAAAUAGGUAGAGUCUAUUUAAUAGUAUAACCCGAAGAAGCGUCAUUUUACGAAGCGCUGUUUUUAACGUUUCACAAAUGUAAUAACUAAAAAAAAACAAAACACACAAAAAAAACAAACCUGUGGCAAAGAAAUUAAAACAAUUUGCAUCGUUUGCUAGCUUAAGAUUUUUUCUUAUGAUUUGCUUUACAUUUUUCUUUCUUUCUUUUUUUUUUGUUUUGUUUUGUUUCUUUCAUUCAUUUUAAAGUAAACUUGAAAGUACAAUACAGGGAUUGGCUUCGGGACUUCCUGUCAGCGCGUUUCGCAAGUACGAGACGUGCAGGAAGGCCGAGCUGGUUUCUACGAGAACUAGACUACUUCCAAGCAGUUUUAAUGAAACAAAAACUGUCUAAUUGAACUUAAGAGUCUCUCAGAGCGAGCUUGUGGUUUUUACAUUUUUCAGGCAGUGUAAAGUUUUUUGAUAAGGCCAUUUGAAGUGGCUCGGUUUCUCAUUAAAGUCUAUAUAAAACCACUUUUUUCUAGAGUAGUAAAGGUAUUAAAAAAAACAAAAAAAAAGAAAAAAGAGUGCCCUGUUUGGGGGAAAUGCUACCUACAUGUCACACCUUUUUGCUGAACUGAUCUACCGUUAGACAAUCCGUGGUAUAAAUGCACAUGAAAUGACCUAUAUUUUAUACUGUUUAAAUGUAUAGAGGAAAAAAAAAACCAACAGUUUGUGUGACCCGCGUUCCCGUCGGUGCUUUUUGUGGAUUGAGUCGUGGUUUCAUCACAAGUCUAAUAGUCUUAUUCGUCUUGUGUUUUUAAAGAGAAGACUAAAAAUCGGUUUACUUGAACAUAGACAAAAACCUAUCAUAGUACUAUUGCUACUAGAGUAUACCUGUUUUUUUUUCUUUUUUGUUUGUUUGUUUGUUGUUUUGUUUUUUCUUUUUGGUUUUUUUUUUCUUUCCAUUUUUAAGAGUCCCUAUUUGAAAUUUCUUGUCGGGUAAUUAGCUAUAUAAACCUUUUACAAUACAAUGUCAGCUUGUGAAGCAUCAAUGUCAUUAUUCUUAUUAUUUUAAAUUUCGAUUGUGGGAAACAAUAUUUAGAUGUGUUGUUGCGUUCAGCGAAAUGUACUUUUUUUUUUCUUACAAAGGAAAAAAAAAAAUGAGUGGACUUUAGUGCCAAAUUCUGACGGUACAUCCUGCCUACAGCUUCAGUGUAUUACUUGUGAAAUGAUUUGAUAACAUGGGUAUUUUAUUACGUAAGUGUUUUGUAUCCCUCAUAUUUAAGGAUAUAGAUUUAAAAAAAAAAAAAAGCGGUUGUUAACUUGCUACUCUGUGGUCUUGUUGCCUGAACUGUUCAUGUUUUUUGCUUUCAUUUUUGUAAAGAUGUAAAAAGUGCCCAUGUGUCACUCUCUCUCUCUCUCUCUCUCUCUCUCUCUCUCUUUCUCUCACACAUACACACAUGCACGUUCACAACCAUACACAUACACACACACACAUGCACGCAUACACACACCUGCACUAAAGGUUGACCUCACAGCCCUCUUUUCUUCGAUGGUGUGUGUAUGUGAGCCCCCUGAGCACGAGUCUCAGCAGCACACACACCUACACCUACACAUCAACACACACACACACACACACGCGCGCGCACCAAUUGGCAUCGUAUUGCUAACCUGAGUAGCCAAUCGGAAUCAGAGGUGAGCUGUAAAGAGGCGUGUUGCUCAUUGAGGCAUGUGUUGAUCGGAAAGUUUCAUAUCCUACUACUACUAAUUUUGUCACCAUGUUGCAAUUGUUAAUAUAUAUAUAUAUAUAUAUAUAUGUAUAUAAAUCAAGAACGUUUUCACCAGCGUGUCAUCUCACUGGAUGCAGAUAAUGCGAUGAAACGUCACAGAAGUGCAGAUUUCUGUUCCCGUCACACCUGCGUGAUGGAUUUCUUUCUUUAAUUAUCUGACAAGACGUUUACAUUGCUUCAAUUAAUCCACCAAAGUUAAUUUUAAAUAAAUAAAGACUUGGUGUGUUCAACAAGCAGAGAUUCAUCAAGGAAGUUGGGUAAUUGGUUUCACGGAUCAAAUUCACGGAUCGAGUGCAGGGGUUAGUCGCAUCCCGGAGAAAACAACAGCUGAAUUAUCGAGAACAGAUGCACCCCUGAGCAUUUCGGAUCAUGUAAGCUGUCUGUCAUGUGUGCCGGAAUGACACAAUUGGUUGGUUGAUGAGAUUUUUACUUUACGUUUAAGAAAAAACAAAUCAUGGUUCCAUCAAAGUACAGUGAUGUCGUUCAGUCGGGCUUCCCAGUUUACACUCAGUUCAAACUGUAUGCUUUAUUCAAGAGGGACAAGCUUAAAACACUUCGGCUUAGAACACACCUGUGUGUAUGCGCCUUUCGAAACAGGACAGACUUUAUCUCAGAAGCACAAACACUGCCCAGGAAUGCCGACGCACUUCCAGAAUGAGACGCAGGGCUCGUGGCGAUAAUUGUAUACAUCCACUAUAAGAGUAGAAGUAACAGUUAUUCAACGGAAUUGAGUCGUACGGCAAGAUUGAGCGGAAUAACUGUUUUAUUCUAUCCACUUUCACUGGAUUUUGAGAAACGGAGCAUUUUUAUUUUAAUUUUUUUGCAAAUUCGAUCAAUAAAAACUUUAUCCAAAACGUCCGACAAAAUCAUUUCCGCUUAGACGGACUUCUUAAAACCUAUCGAUGGCUGCACGAAGUGACUUUAGCGUUGGGGUUUUUUUUGUAGAAAGUGCCGUCUUGCUGUCGUGCUGAGGUUUAGAACAGCUUUCGACAUUUAUUUAAUUCUUCCUUGGACAUUUCAGUUCCGUAACGUUCAAACUUCUUUGAGCUUUCGAACCAGACUAAAAAAAAAUCGACAAAUUUUAACGCUUAAAGAUGAAGAAUGUAAACAAACAGGAGCAAUUUGUGAAAAAUGCAAUAAUAAUAAUAAUUUGUGAUUAAAUAAAAAAAGAUAUGUUCUUACUUACUAUCAAAUACUUUUCUUCCAUAUUCUGUUCCUUUUUUGUUUUUUUGGGGUUUUGUUUUCGACUAGAGUUGUUAUUUCGUCCUCGGUUGGUUCAGCAACACGCGCCGCCAUUUUGUUUUUCUCUACUCACGGUAUAUGAGCUGAUAUCCUAGUAGUAGAGUAGCCAAUCAGAUUGCUCAUAUCCAGCGACUGUGGAUCGAAUAAAUAUACAUAUGUAUAUAUAACAGUGUUAGGAGUUAUCGACACAUGCCUGUUUGCCUCGUGCUGCCUCUCUCUGCUUCUUCAGGUCUGAAAGCACCCUGACGCCAAAGGAGAACUUUGUACCCGUCCACACACAGUCCCAUAUUUCCCAUUGCACUUUUGUCGAAAACGUUUACACGUGUUGUAAAUGGCCCGUAUACAAUCUUGUUUACAGACGUGGUUUACAGCCGGCCCCCCCUAAAAACCCUGUUUACUUCACUGAAGCACUAUUUUCUACCCAAAUCCUGCCGUUGCCUUAACAUGACGCUCAGUAUUAGUGGGGUGGAAUAGGCUGCUGCCUGAGUGCUGCCAAGGUUAUUUGUGCGUUUGUGUGCAUGUCUGUGUGUGUGUGUGUGUGUGUGUGUGUGUGGGUGGGUGGGUGGGUAUGUUUUGUCCCAAUAAUACACCCAAGGUAUUACCUUAGCAACAAAACUGGAACUGCCAAACACCGAGCUGCAGGGACGGACAUCAUCGGAGAGAUUGAACACAUUAUAUUGGUUAAGGCAUUACGUCUUUGCCAGUUGCACAAGCACAAAAAGCGCACACACACACACACACACGCCAAACUAAACUGUUAGCACCAUGAUGACGCGCAGUAGUGUAGGAUUCCAGGUCAGAGUCCUGACAGCUCUACCAGCUCAAAGGAUGUGAUGUCACUUCAAAAGAAGUGUUACAGACUGUACAGGCAUUUCAGCGUAUACACACACACACACACACACACACACACACACACAGUACCAGUCAAAGGCUUGUGAAUUUCACAAUGAGUUUCUUGUGGUUUAAUCACGCGCUCCAGAGAUCCUGGGGAUACACCGCGGAGUGGGACACCAAUCCAUCACGUCUUCUGGUUUAGUUCGGUUUAGUUAGAAUAUUUUUCUGCACGUCUUUUCUUUUCAUUUGAAAGCUUUAAAUAGAUGUUGACAAAGAUUUUAUUAUCCUAAUAAACAAUAAUAAUGAGACAAAAAGAUGACUUCUGCUUACUGACGUAUUAUAAAUGGGUCAGAAAUCUUUCUCAAUGCUCAAGCAGAGAAAUGACCUGACGCUGAAAGAACCAUUAAGACGUCACACUACCAAGCUGGUGAGCAAGCAAAAUGAUGAUUAACGCAUGAUUAUAAUGUGCCGUUCAAAGAGAUAUACGGUAUAAAGCAAACUUUUGACCGGCAGUGUAUUUGCUUUAUCAUAGACAAAAGUUUGUACACCCCUACUCAUUCAGAGGUUUUUCUGUAUUGUGACUAUUUUCUACAUUGUAGAACAAUACGGAAGACAUCACAACUCGGAAAUUAUAUCCGGAAUUAUGCGGUAAACAAAAACAAUGUUUGAUAUUUUCGAUUCUUCAAAGUAUCCAGCGUUUACCUUGAUGACGCUUUGCACGCUGUUUUAACCAGCUUCAUGAGGUAGUCACCUGGAACGCUUUUCAAUUAACAGCUGUGCCUCGUCCAGAGUUAAUCAGCGGAUUAAUUUCUUGCCUCCUUAAUGCGUCUGAGAUCAAACAGGAAAUAGUAAACUAGAUAAGAGACUGUGACUAAAGUCACAGUGAUUUGCGCUAGCUGUUACAAACCGGGACGUCUGCUCACCGUACCCUAUCGAUCCAGAAUGGUAAGAGGGAGAGAAUGACAUUUAGUGAGGAAAAGUUUUGCCCCGCCACCCUGAAAAAAAAAAGAUUGAAAAAAAAAAUCAUAAAAAAUUGACAGUUAUAAGUGAUUGAAAAAAAAUCCCGUUUUUCAUGGAUCAGUGAUCCAGAUCACCACCAAAAGUCAUAGCAAUGUAAUUCAGCCCAGAGGUAUUCUUCAUGUGAAAUUUGGUAAUGAUUGGUUGAAAACUCAAGGAGAAAUAGCAUCCUAAAAAAUAAGAAGACGGAUAAGAGGAAUAAAGUAGAAAGAUCCUGAGUGAGAGGAACAAUUUUAACAAUUAUUAAUAGUAAUAAUAACCGAGAACUGCUCAACUCAAUAAAGAGAAACGACAUCCAUCAUUACUUUAAGACAUGAAGUGACUUUUAAUGAAUAAAAAUAAAGAAAAAACAUUGGAUUCGAAGGCGUGUCCAAACUUUUGACUGGUCCUGUAUGUAUACGCUGUGUACAUAUAUAUGAGCAAGAGCGAGGUCAUAAGAGAAGGCCGACACUUCGCUACUGUUUCAUGACACCAUUAUGGAUUUCCACUCAUGACUCAGAAGUGUGUAACGCCUGUUCUAAAGGUGUGCCUUAAAGCACAACACAAUGAGGAACUGAUUUCUCAGCAGCAGCAACAAAAGAGUAGAAGCACUUUUGAAACCGUGUCAACCUGCAAAGCAUUCUGGGUUGGUCCUGUUCCUGAAAUCUUGUGAUAUCAACUGAUUCCAUCCCUCACGCUACCAAGGGCUCAUUUUCAUCUUAACACUGCUAAAGUAGUGCCAGUGCGCUUCAAAAGGCCACAGGGAUUCAACCAAGGUGCUCUGGCAGGAUUGGAACAAGACCGAGGUGAUUGUUUUAUCGAUUGUGAGGAGAAUGAUGGUGAGUUCACACUUUCCCUGAUAGCGCUGCACUAUGAGAUGCUCAAAUGGCAGGAGGAUAAACGAACAAAUUUUAAUCUCUUAUGUCUCCCUGUGUGUGUGUGUGUGUGUGUGUGUGUGUGUUCGUGUUCGUCUGCUUUGCCACUAUCAAAACAAACAGGGUAAGAUUUUGCGAUCGUGCUAAGCACACACUCCCCAACACACUCCAUUUCUUUCACACACACACACACACACACACACACACACACACACACACACACACACAUUAGAUGUUUAGUAAAGCACAAACCCGUAAGGGUCUUUGCAGACGUGCUUGCUGAGGCUUUUUACUCAGGGGUUUUCUUCACCACACACAUCUUCUCUUCAAUCUGUUUGUUCUUUCUGUUUUUGCUUUUCUCUUAAGUGCUAUUUAACAACAGUGUAUUUUACAAGGAAAAAAAAAGUGAAGUUUCUUUGCAUUUUUCGCUUAUUAUGUCAAGUUUUUUGGACAAAAAAAUAAUCCUGUAUGUGUGUUGAUCUGAUGUGCCGUAUAAAAAAAAAAGCUUGUUGUCUGUAGAUUAAUAUCAUUUUGUUUGAUUCUAAAAGGAUUUGAAUAGUUUUAAGUAUUGUCUUGAGAAAAGCCAAAGUCAAUGCAUUUCAGUGGAUUCUGUAAGCGUGGUACAUGUUUGUUUGACUCCUUGGAAUCUGUCAUUGGAUGGAAUUUAAAAAAGUACAAAAAAAACGCAGGCUUUCCUAUUUCUAAAACUGAUUGUACUUAUGCCUUUUGUACCAGUGCAACUUUUUAUACUGGCAAUUAAAGAAAAAAAAAACAAAAAAACAAAACAAAAAAAACCUAUUGAGAUUGUGUCUGACCCGGAGCAGGGGUUGGCCAGCGGCUGUUCCCAAGUUUUGAUUUCUAAGUUGGCAUCCAGGAUGGUUAAGUUUUAAUAUAAAGAUUUUCUAGAACUUUGGCUUGGUAUCUUUGACCUUUGACAUCUUCUUGUUCUUCACUUCAGCGUUUGGUUUCCUUUAUCUUUAUCUCUUUGUUUUCUUUUCUUUCUUUUUCUUUGGAAAGAGGGUCGGGAGUUUUCCUUUUGGCUUACAAAUACUUAAAAAAAAAACAAGUUUGUCUUUUUCAGAGUCUUUACGAAGGCGGUAAGUUUCAUUUUGUUCAGUAUAUUGUGCAGUCUCCAUGAUAAGACGAUUUAGACGAUUUAGAAGUAUUUAGUCCCCUUCAGUGGAUAAAUGUAUUAGUUUGACAACGAGAUAAAAACAAGUAAUUUGAGGACUUUUUUGCUUUUAGCUGUUUAGAUUUUUCUGGUUUCUCUGUCCUUCGCUGUUAACCUAACUGUGUAGCUGAAACAGUCAGACUUAUUUUUGUAAAUGUACGUUCUUGUGUGAUGCAGUUUUUUGCUUCUGUCUCCGAUAUUAAAUCAUUUUUCCUAA